AACACCCACACGCGACUGGCCUAGGUUGGGUGGAUGGGAUGGGCCAGGGUAGCGACACUCAACUAUACACUGUAGACCUAACACCUACACGCGACCAGGCCUCGGUUGGGCGGAUGGGACGGGCCUGGGACAACAACACGCACACACAACACAGCUCAUCAUCAUACCCGGCCCAAGGCGCGACAACAUACCCGGCCCAAGGCGCGACAACACUUCUGGCCCACGGUAGGGUGGAAGGGACGGGCCUGAGACAACAGAGCACAACUCGACAACACAACACAGACUCAUACGGGUCUGGCCUCAUGGUUGGGUGGAUGGGACGGGCCUGGAAGACCCUAUUAUAUAUACUUACUUCCAUAUACGACAUAGCGCGACAACUUCUUUGGCCUCAUGGAUGGGUGGAUGGGAUGGGCCUGGAAGACCAUAUUAUAUAUACCUGCUCGGUCCUAACACAGGGGUUUACAGCUUCGGCAACAAGCCAGGCCCUGGUUGGGUGGCAGGGACGGGCCUGGGCUAUUCGACGCAUUUUAGCUGUCGACAUCGGACAUAAAGCAGUGUCAUGCCAGCUGCCACAUCUGGGCAUGAUGGACUUUACAUCAACAACAAACCAGGCCCUGGUUGGGUGGCAGGGAUGGGCUUGGGUUGUAGCACGUAGACAUCGGCUCAGCACUAGAUCCUUGAGCGAACCAAGGCGCGGUUGGUUGGUAGGGACGGGUUGGGUCACUUCGGUGACCCGGCACUGGGUAGACACAGGUGACCCAGCACUAAAUGGUUCACACAGUGAACCAGGCCUUGGUUGGGUGGCUGGGACGGGCCUGGGACAUCGGACGCGGGGGUGGAGGGUUUGGGUCAAGUUUUACCGCUCCAACAAACCAAGCCUUGGUUGGGUGGCAGGGUCGGGCUUGGGAUAUCGGAUUCAACAUCCAUCAAAUAGCUCACUCCAGUGGUGGACCAGGCCUCGGUUGGGCGGUUGGGAUGGGCCUGGGACAUCGGACACGGGAGAGGGGGGGUUAGGUCAUAUGAGUGACUUACAGAUCAAGAUUAACUGCCUCUACUUUUGCAUGGCCCCAAGCCUUGGUUGGGUGGCAGGGAUGGGCUUGGGUUAUCGGAUUCAACAUCCACCACACAGGUUCACUGCAGUGGUGAGCCAGGCCUCGGUUGGGUGGCUGGGACGGGCCUGGGACAUCGGACACGGGGGUGGGGGUCGGAGACAUCCUUGGAUGGGUGGCAGGGAUGGGCUUGGGUUAUCGGAUUCAACAUCCAUCAUACAAGUUCACUGCAGUGGUGAACCUCAGGCCCUGGUUGGGUGGAAGGGACGGGCCUGGGAUCUACUAACUUUAACAGCAAAGGUUCACUGCAGUGGUGAACCAGGCCCUGAGUGUUACCCGACAAACACAUCAUGCCCUGGUUGGGUGGAUGGGACGGGCUUGGGAUACCGACUAACCACAACAGCACAGGUUCACCACUGCAGUGGACCAGGCCUCGGCUGGGCGGUUGGGACGGGCCUGGGACAUAGGAUCCAACACCUAAUACACACUGACAUCUACAGGUUCACCACUGCAGUGAGCCAGGCCCUGGUUGGGUGGCUGGGACGGGCCUGGGUCAUCGGACAUGGGGUGGGGGGCUUUGGGUUGUCUGACAGGCUUCACCUUCUGCAUUACUCGUUGGAGGACCAGGCCUUGGAUGGGCGGUUGGGACGGGCCUGGGUAUCGGAUUCAAUAUCCACUAUACAGUUCACCACUGCAGUGAGCCAUGCCUCGGUUGGGCGGCUGGGGCGGGCCUGGGACAUCGGACACCGGGGAGGGGGUGUGCCGGUUAGACUGUUGUGGUGGAGUAUGAUCACCCAUCGUUUGUAUCAGUUCAGAGGAGCUGUCUAG